AUAACAUAGUUCAAUCCCUGUCUUCUUCAGUCGAAUCCUGUACCAGUUCCAUGGAACAGCCGCAGGUUGCAAGGGCUUACAACUUCGGCGUUUACCCAAUCAAAAGUGGAUUCUAGGGCUCCAAGCAGAUUCUUCAUCACAUCCACUGCAAUGGCAGUGCCGUACUCUCCUCAUAUCCGGCCACUGUGAAGGCGAGAACUGCACAAGAGCAUCAGUGGGUGACCAGAGAAGAGUCCAUCAUUUUUUGUAUUUACAUGAGUGGCAACAAACAAAGGACCCUCGGUAGUGGGGGUCAGCAUUUACUGGACUAUCUGAAGCGAAUGCAAGCGGAAAGUCCUUCCUUCUUUUAUGCCGUUCAGGGUGAUAAUGAUAACUCUACUGGAAAUAUAUUUUGGGUUGAUGCUACCUCAAGGAUGAACUAUAAUUAUUUUGGAGAUACAGUUGUAUUUGAUAUGACAUACAGGACAAACCGAUAUAGGGUACCAUUUGCUUCAUUCACAGGGCUAAAUCAUCAUGGGCAGCCGGUGUUGUUUGGCUGUGCAUUACUUCCUUAUGAGUCUGAGUCCUCAUUCAUUUGGCUAUUCCAAACGUGGCUUCAUGCGAUGUCUGAACGUCGUCCUGUCUCUAUCACAACUGAUCCUGAUCGGCUUGUACAGGUGGCUGUUGCACAGAUUCUUCCUGAAGCUCGUCACCGUUUCUCUAAGUGGAGCAUAUUUAGAGAAACCCAAGACAAAUUGGUUCAUGUAUAUCAAUCACAUCCUACUUUUGAAUUAGAGUUCCACAAGUGCAUUAAUGAAACUGAGACAGUUGAUGAGUUUGAAUCUUGUUGGGAAUCACUUCUGGAAAGGUACUACCUUAUGGAUAAUGAGUGGCUUCAGUCAAUGUACAAUGCUCGCCAACAGUGGGUCCCUGUUUACUUGCGAGACACUUUUUUUGGAGAGAUUUCAAUGACUGAAGGAAGUGAGGGUAUAAGCUUAUUCUUUGAUGGCUAUGUGAAUGCUGCAACUACAAUGCAGAUGUUGAUUAAACAGUAUGAGAAAGCUGUAGCUAGUUGGAAUGAAAAGGAAUUAAAAGCAGAUUAUGACACAACUAGCACAACACCAGUUUUAAAGACACCAUCCCCUAUGGAAAAACAGGCUGCUAGCCUUUAUACGAAAACCAUAUUCAUGAAAUUUCAAGAGGAGUUGGUUGAAACUCUUGCAAAUCCUGCAACUAAAAUUGAUGACUCUGGAGCAGUCACUACAUAUCGUGUGGCUAAAUUUGGGGAAGACCACAAAGCACACUCUGUUAGGUUAAAUGCAUUUGAGAUGAAAGCUGGUUGUAGCUGCCAAAUGUUCGAAUUUUCUGGCAUUAUCUGUAGGCACAUUCUAGCAGUAUUUAGAGCUAAGAAUGUUCUUACUCUUCCCUCUCAAUAUAUCUUAAAACGGUGGACAAGAAAUGCCAAGAGUGGGGCUGGGUUGGGUGAACGUGCUUCUGAAGUGCCAAGCAAUUCUCAGGAGCCCCUAACCAUUCGGUAUAACAAUCUACGUCAGGAAGCAAUCAAAUAUGUGGAAGAAGGGGCAAAAUCUAUACAUAUUUAUAAUGUAGCCAUGGAUGCUUUACAAGAGGCUGCUAGGAAGGUUGCUGCUGCAAAGAACCAAGUUUCUGGGGCCAAACAGGGUGACUCUGUAUCCAAUGGAAGUAACCCAGAGAUGUGUGCAGGUGAAGAAAAUCGAGCAGCACCAUAUCAAUCAUCGAAUGAGAAGGAAAAGAAAAUUCGCGAAAUGACUGCAGAGUUGAGCAAUACAAACCAACGUUGUGAAGUGUACAGAGCAAAUCUGCUGGCAAUAUUAAAAGACAUGGAGGAGCAGAAGUUAAAGCUUUCAGUUAAAGUUCAGAAUGCCAGGCUUAGUUUGAAGGAGUAAAUGAGAAUCACUGGACAAAUCUCAACAUUGUACAUUUCCUUUCCUCCACAAGUAAUAUUAUUAUUUUUUAAAUAUUUUUUAGUGAGAACUUCUGUUGUGCAGUUCAGGUUUUGCAUUCAAUUCAGUGGUCAAAAAAUCAUGUCAGGUAAGUUGUUCAAUUAGAUGGCUCUUGGAGGAAGGGGUUCUUGUGAGAGAAGUAAUAACACUUCUGAUUUCUCAAUUCCAACCUGGCGGAUCAUCCACCCACUGCUGUUUAGUUUAGCUGUGGAUUAAAGAGACCUUUGAUGAAGAAAGAAAUGAAGCUGUAUGUCCAACCAGAUUACAGGAAUUCUCAGGUCCCAUGAUGGGUUUGUGAGUAUCUAUGAGAAAUUCCUUUAUGGGGUUUGUAUUAAACAGGACAUAUUCGGUUUGUAUCGUAUUAGUGACCCAUCCACCAUCCCCUCUGAGCGGUUCAUCGUAAGGGAUUUCAAAUCAGGGAUUUCUAAUAUUUUAACUUGACAACUUGUAAACGUAGUGCAAUGGAAAGCUUUGAAUCUACUAGAAUGGAUGAUUAACUGUUGGAAA